AUGGCCUGGCUACUGACUUCCUCGUCAGGUCUUGUCGACGACGAUAAUCUUUACGAGUGGGAUAUUCUGAUUAUUGGCCCGCGAGAUACCCUUUACGAGGGUGGCUUCUUCAAAGCGCGACUUUCGUUCCCACCAGAGUUCCCCCUUCUCCCUCCGAAGAUGCGCUUCAUCACCCCCAUGUGGCACCCCAACAUCUACGCCGAUGGUGGGGUCUGCAUUUCCAUCCUCCACGCGCCAGGCGAAGAUCAAUAUGGAUAUGAAGAUGCUGGCGAGCGAUGGAUGCCGGUGCACACAGUGGAAUCUAUCCUCAUCAGUGUCAUUUCGCUCCUGUCGUCCGACACACCGAACACCGACUCUCCAGCCAACCUCGAUGCUGCGCUUGAAGUCCGCAACAACAUUGAAGGCAAUGCCAACUCUCGUGUCCUUUCCGACUUCGAGAGCGACUCGGAAUAUGACCCUGGAUUCAUCCCUGGACCUGUGCCUAUAGAGGAACUGCAGUCUAAGAAAGGGAAGAAGAAACCUCAACGCCGGAGUCUGAAGCGGCGGGAUUCGAUGCAGUCUGACACGGCGGAGCAGCCGGCGAAGAAGAGGAAGAGGAUGGGGGCACCACCCACUCAACGACGAGGGCCCGUCGCGGACAGUGCACAUAAUGUGCUACUCGAAUUCUUUGAGGACAUCGAGCCAUUCUCCGGGGGCUCCUCAGAUGAAGGCGACUAUUUUGCUCAAGACGAAGCGGAUCAGGAAGACGAGGAUGAGGAGGACGAUGACGAUGGACAUAAUGACAGCGACAGCGUUCCACGAGUCAAUCCAUUCGCGGCCUAUCGAAGCAAUGCGGCGGAAGGCAGACCUCCGAUGCAACCACCCGACGACCCCGACGCCACGGAGCCGGAUACGGAAGACGAGAUUCCCAUCUCGAAGCAGCAGCGCAAGGCUUCGCCCACCGAUGACUCCGUGACUGAAUCGGACACGGAACCCGAAAUAGCCAAUGCUAGGCGAGCUCAACCGCAGUCAGGGUCGGAAACAGAACCCGACACUGAGGAUGAAGCGCCAGUGAGCUCACACGAGGAGCCGAAGCCUGGGUUUCCGCUGCAAGACGGCCAGAGACUUCUCGGACCAAUGAUGCUUGACCAGAAAUUGGACAUCAAGGUCCCUGCUGCAAUCAACACGUAUCUUCGAGAGUAUCAGAGGGACGGGAUCAGAUUCUUCUGGGAACGAUACAAGAUGGGUCGGGGCGGACUUCUGGGGGACGACAUGGGUUUGGUAUGUGCUACGCCUUCCGCUUGCAAAACCAUACAAGUGAUAUCCUUUCUGUCUGCUAUCAUGCACAAGAAAGGGGUCGAAACGGAUCGUGAGCGGCGGCGCGAGCACGUGCUGAAACUGCAGGAUGGCGAGAGCUGGACGAAGCAUCGCAAGCUUCCGCCGGCCAAUGCGACGUGGCCCACGUGCCUCAUCAUUGCGCCGAAUAGCGUCGUGAUGAACUGGGAGAAGGAGUUUCGGACGUGGGGAUACUUUGAAGUGGGUGUGUAUCUUGGGCCGCGGAAGGAACGCAAAGAGGUGCUCGAUGACUUCAAGAAAGGGCGGCUCGAUGUCGUGCUGACCAGCCAGGAUGUUGCUCGGCUGGACAUGGACCAUCUGGACACUCUGCCGUGGUCAUGCAUCUUUGUCGACGAGGCUCAUAAAGUCAAGAAUUCUGCCUCUCAAACAGCUAAGGCGUAUCAGAGCUUUGCGUGUAUCUGCCGAUUCGGGCUGACUGGGACGGCCAUCCAGAAUUCGUAUGACGAGUUGUGGACCCAGUUCGACUGGACGAAUCCGGGGGAAGCCGGCACCAGGAAGCAGUGGAAACAGCUAGUCUCGAAUCCGCUCAAGAUCGGCCAGUCGGCGAACGCGACCGACGCUGAGCUGGUCAAAGCUCAUGACGUAGCCCGCAUCCUUCACGACAAGUUGCUCCCGCGAUUCUUCCUCAGGAGAACGAAGGACAUCAUCGCGCAUCAGCUUCCAAACAAGACUGAUUCGAUUGUUUUCUGCCCUUUGACGUCAAAACAGAUCAGCGUGUACAAGAAAAUCCUCGGGAUGGAUGAGGUGCAAAACCUGCUGAUGAGAGACGAGCGCUGUGACUGCGGGUCGAGGAAGACACGCAAAAAGUGUUGCUACCCGUUCAAUGCCUCGACGGUGCUGAAGACCAUGUCUAUCCUGAUCAAACUAUCGAAUCAUCUUGGGCUCAUUUUGCCUACCUCUUCGGACACGCCUGAACAAGCGAGUCCCGCUGCACGGCACCGAGAGCUGGCGAGAUUGGCUUUCCCCGAUGGCGAUGAGCCUGUGAGCGGCAUGGCUAUCUUGAAAAAGCAGUUUUGCGGCAAAUGGGUCGUUUUGACUGAGCUGCUGGCCGAAUGGAGGAAGGACAAGACGAACAAAGUUCUGAUCUUCACGAAAUCCGUCAAGUUACUCGAAAUGAUGUCCCAUCAUCUGAAGAUAUCGACAUACAAUUUCCUGCAGCUCGAUGGCAGCACGAAACGGAAUGAACGAAUUCCUAUGAUCGAUCGAUUCAAUGACGACCCGGACAUCUUCAUCUUCCUCAUCUCUACUAUGGCUGGCGGAACAGGCCUGAAUCUAACUGGGGCUAACAAGGUCGUCAUAUUCGAUCCGAACUGGAAUCCUGCCAACGAUUUGCAAGCGAUGGACAGAGCCUUCCGUUUCGGGCAGCGCCGGAAUGUGUCUGUCUUCCGGCUGUUAGGCGCGGGGUCGAUCGAAGAGCUGAUCUACGCGCGCCAAGUCUACAAGCAACAGCAGAUGAAGAUCGGCUACGAGGCCAGCAUCCAGACGCGGUACUUUGCGGGCGUGCAGGGGGACAAGUCGAAGCAGGGCGAGCUCUUUGGGCUGGAGAAUAUCUUCAAGCUGCAUGAAGGGACGCUGGCGACGAAGACGACCAUCGAGAAGGCGCAUCUGACCGAGCUGGACUGGGCGCUGGGGAGCAUGGAGAUGCCCGCGGGCAGGAGACCGGCUGAGAUCAGCGUCGUCGAUAUCGAGAAAAGGACGAGGGACAGCGAAUAUGGAGAAUUCAAAGGACUCGGGGCAUUGCUUUUCGAUGACGCUGCGCCUCCGGCGCCGAAAUCCGAGUCCGGUGCCAUCCAGGGCAUGUACAUCCACCAGAACCCGGACUUACUGGUGGACAGCAAGGUCGAGCAGCAGCGGACGAAGGAACUGGUCAAGAAAAGCCGUGUCAGCACUCGCAAAGCGCGUCAGCCUGCGGCGGCCAAGGCGCCAGCUGUUUCGAACUGGCCCCCGAAACGCUUCCACAAGUACAAGAACCCGGGCACGAAGCCGCCGGUCGCUGCGGCCGCGAGCGAGGCGAAGAAGGCGGGGAGCAGCAAGCCGCGCGCUGGCCACCAGUUCCGGCUCGAAGACCGGAUUACUGCGCUCAUCGGCACGGGGAUGAUCAGUGGGCCGAGCGAGCUGGCCGCGUUUGCGCGAACGUAUACACAGGAAUACUCGGCGGAUGAGAGGGCGUAUACAAUGCGCCUCCUUGACGAGUACAAGCAAGAUUCUGAGAGCGACAGCGAUGGUUGACCUGCGGCGAUGCCAGGCCGAGAGAGGAUGUGAAUAUGAGCUGAAUUUAUGCCGAUUUACGUGUUGUAUUGUAUCGAUGGUCUUGUAGGAUACUCUAUUGCAUUUGCAAUUUAUGUAGACAAUGUACUCUUGCUCGUUUUGACACUGCAGGGGGACUUGUUUUUUCUCCGUGG